AAUUCGCGGAAAGAACGCAAGAUCUCAAACUCGUUCCCUGAUCCUGUCCGGAAAAUUACGAAAGUGGAAAGACUGGAUCUAUUGUAGCACUCCCCCGAUCCAAUCUUCCGCCGUCCGCAGAAAAAAGAUGGCGGCCAGAACUGUAUAGGCUGCUACUUUUCUUUGAGUCUUUUUGACACCAGGUAUUCAACAUGAGACGGAGUGUUCGUUUGGCAGCUAGAGCAGUCGAUGAAAUAACUUCUCGAGCUGCUGAAGUUGCGCAAAUCUCAGGAUCGACAUCGGCAACAAACUCUACGGGAAAAGAGGAAAAGGCGGGAACGAGAAAGCCCCAGAAAUCCACGGCGACGAAACGGACCCGAGAGAAAAGCACUACUGAUCAAGACGAAAAUGAACAGAAAGUGAGUACACUGAACAGCUCAGCUAUCACUGAAGAAAAAGUUAAACCCAAAAUCAAAAGAAUGAAAACAGACGAUUCGGAUGUGCACACGGCGAUAAAAUAUGAAGAUGACAUUCAGUCAUUGUUUAACCAGGAGAAGCUUGUUGGAGCUCAUGUGUCUAUUGGUGGAGGGCUCCACAAUGCAGUGGCUGAGGCACUGGCUAUAGGUGCUAAAGCUUUUGGGCUUUUCUUGAGAUCACAGCGCCAGUGGAAAAGCAAACCAUUGGAAGACAAAGCAGCCCAACUCUUCAAAGAAGCUUGUGCCAAAGCCAACUUCUCUCCACAUUCGAUUCUUCCACAUGGUAUUUACCUCAUGAACUGUGGAUCUCCAGACGAGGAAACGCUCUCUAAAAGCCGAUCCACCCUUGUGGAUGAGCUGCAACGCUGUGAAAAGCUGGGGCUCUGUCUGUACAAUUUCCAUCCAGGCUCAACUUGUGGCAAAAUCACAGUUGAAGAAUCCAUUGACAAGAUAGCUGAAAGCAUCAAUUUGGCACACAAGGAAACAAAAUUUGUUGUUACUGUCUUAGAAAAUAUGAGCUGCCAAGGCAAUACUAUUGGUGGCAAAUUUGAAGAGUUGCGAGACAUAAUUGACCGUGUACAGGACAAGUCUCGAGUGGCUGUCUGCCUGGACACAUGCCAUGCCUUUGCCGCAGGGUAUGACAUUGCUUCAGAGAAAGGUUUGUCAAAAACGAUGGAUGAAUUUGACGCUAUCAUUGGCCUCAAAUACCUGAGGGCAGUUCACUUGAAUGACUCUAAGGGAGAGAUCGGCUGUCAUUUAGACAGACAUGAAAAUAUUGGCAAGGGAAAGAUUGGAGUUGAGGCAUUCCGACGUUUAAUGAGAGAUCCAAGGUUUAAUGGUAUCCCUAUGAUUUUGGAGACACCAUGUGCAUCUGAAGACACUUACAAGAAGGAGAUCAAACAGUUGUACACUAUGAUGAAGUAACCAGUUCCUUGGAUUGAGGACUGCAUAGUUGAAAUAAGUUCACAGUUCCAUCUUAAAUUCAAAGUGUAAAUUCUCCUUACUGACCAUAACACAUUUGGUUUAAUGUCAGUUCUGAGAAUGCAGAGGUGGAUCAAGACUAUCCCUCAAUCUGCCUGUCUUUUUAAAUGAGAAAUUAGAAGUAGAUCAUGCACCAAGGCUGUGGUAUAAGAAACAUUACGGUGAGCCCAAGGGUUCCUAACCAUGAAAUCCUGGGUGCCCAGCACUUAAGCUUAUGUUUAAAAAGUAAGUUUUCCCAGUCACCCAAAGACAAGAGUUAGUCGCCUGUGGCAACCGGGAGCUUCUAGAGCACAGCCCUAAUGCACUCUUAAUCAUUUUUUCUCUGAUUACGAUCAGCAAGUGAUUUUACUAUCAACACCAGAGAUGGACCAUUACAUUUCCCG